AUGAAUGGUGAAGGUAAGGAUCGUGAAGAAGAAGAUGAAGCAACACUUCCUGGAUUCAGAUUUCAUCCGACUGACGAAGAGCUCUUAGGGUAUUAUCUUCGACGAAAAGUUGAGAACAAACCCAUCAAACUCGAACUUAUUAAGCAGAUCGAUAUCUAUAAGUUCGAUCCUUGGGAUCUUCCUAGAGUGGGAGAAAAGGAGUGGUACUUCUUCUGCAUGAGAGGCAGGAAAUACAGAAAUAGCGUUAGACCAAACCGGGUCACCGGUUCAGGUUUCUGGAAAGCUACCGGUAUCGAUAAACCGGUUUACUCCACUCUCCAAUGCGUCGGUCUCAAGAAAUCUCUGGUUUACUACCUUGGUUCAGCCGGUAAAGGAACCAAGACCGAUUGGAUGAUGCACGAAUUCCGACUUCCUUCCACCACGAAAACCGACUCGCCAGCUCAACAAGCAGAGGUAUGGACACUAUGCAGAAUCUUCAAACGAGUCACACAACAUCGGAACCCAACCAUCGUACCACCAAACCGAAAACCGGUUAUCACCUUAACCGACUCUUGUUCUAAGACAAGCAGCUUAGAUUCCGACCACACCAGCCACCGUGUCGUAGAUACCUUCUCCCACAAGCUACACCAGCCCCCGCUUCAGCCACAACAGACGCAGAAUCCGUAUUGGAACCAACAUACGGUUGGUUUCACUCAGCCGACAAAUACAAGUUAUGAUAACAACUUCCCGAGUUUCUGGAACAUCAACGGUGGAGAUUUCAUCGGAGACUCACAAAGUUGGGAUGAACUUAGAUCUGUUAUAGAUGGCAACACUAAACCUUAG